AAAAGUCACAUGACUCUGCCCCGCCCAUCAGCUGUUCGAUCGGAAGUAAUAUGGCGAUCUUCAGUGUGUAUGUUGUCAAUAAAGCUGGUGGACUCAUUUACCAGUAUGAUAAUUAUGUCGCUCGAGCUGAAGUGGAGAAAACAUUUAGUUUUCCUCUUGAUUUAGUGUUAAAGAUUCAUGAUGAGAAGGUCGUGGUUUCAUUCGGACAGCGGGAUGGCAUCAGAGUGGGUCAUGCAGUUCUGUCCAUUAACGGAGUGGAUGUGAACGGUAAAUACACGGCAGAAGGGAAGGAGAUAGUGGAAUAUCUUAAAGAUCCUGCUAACUAUCCAGUGUCCAUCAAAUUCGGCCGCCCUCGCCUCACAUCCAAUGAGAAACUCAUGUUAGCUUCAAUGUUUCACUCGCUAUUUGCUAUUGGAUCACAGUUAUCCCCUGAAGUUGGCAGCUCUGGUAUUGAGAUGUUGGAGACAGAUGUGUUUAAACUACAUUGCUUUCAGACCCUUACAGGAAUAAAGUUCAUUGUAUUGGCAGACCCUCGGCAGACUGGCAUCGAUGGACUAUUAAGAAAGAUUUAUGAAAUCUACUCAGAUUUUGCUUUAAAAAAUCCUUUCUACUCUUUAGAAAUGCCAAUCAGAUGUGAGCUUUUUGACCAAAAUCUAAAGAGUGCUCUGGAAAUAGCAGAGAAGGCUGGGACAUUUGGACCAGGCUCUUGAUCUACACAUGAAUAUUCAUCUACCUCCAGUCAAUCAUAUACUGAGAAAUGGCAGAAAUGAUGCUGGCAUAAGGACUUUAAGAACAGCUUCUUUUCAAAUCUGUACAACCCCAAAUUUGAAGUGUGACAUAAUCCAUGGCAUACCAUCUGUAUAUAAGCUACACUGACACAAUAUGCAUUUGUAGGCUCUUGAACAGCGCUUUUAAGAUGGAACAGCUCAACUUUUUGCUUUCAGUCAGCAGACUAUGAUGGUGUGGAGUAUGUUCAAGUACACUACCUUACACCUUAAUCUUAUUUGUUUAGGUCAAACGCAAAAUUGUUCAUGUUUGAAUAUAGACAUGUAAAUGAGUACAGCCUAAAGUGAUGGUUUUAUUUAUAUAAACUCAUUUAUUGUGCUAUUUAAAAAUCAUGUGGUAAAACAUUUGCAUAUUUCAUUAUACACAUUUAUAAAUUUUGUAAUACAGAUAGAGAGGUAGGACCAGUUUAAACAUCAUUUAAAAACUGAUGAUGAUGUUAAUACCACUGAGAAAAAAAGGCUUUAUAAACUCUUGCAAGUAGAUCAAAUCCAGUAACUGGCAGUAACGUCAGUAUUUAGUGAUCAGAACAGUUUAAAAUACUGUCAUCCAGUUUGAAUGGAAUACAGAAUAAAUAACACUUUUCUGAAAGCAAUGUCCACAGCAUGUUAUGU